CGUACCAGAAACGACAGUACUCUGCACCGAUGGCUGGCCUGAACUGCUACCUUUCGGUCACCGCCACAGCGACACCCAUAUCUCAUCGCUCAUCUUCAUCCGACCAACCGCCGGAGAAAAAGCCGCCCAAAUUGAAACUGCCGAAGAAUAACACGGAGAAACUCUGCGCCGGGGUGUCGCCGGCGGAGUACGGCGGCGCACCAUCCACCACCAAUCCCAGAAAUUACUGGCUCGUCGAUGAUGACCCUCUCACCUCUGAUGAUUAUAUAUGGAACAGAAAUUUCGUGGGCCGCAUGAAGAUGUUGAUCCAGGAUCCUGCUGAAUAUGGAUCCGGUUUUCCUUCCAACCCUUCAAAGGAAGAGAGAACGCAUGGAUUUAUAAGCAUAAACCGCGUAUUGAACCUUGACAACUUGGAAGUGGACUUGAGCAAGGAACUGGCAUCACCUUCAAAACGUUUCCGAGCAGAAAAAGCUGAGGAAAUUGAAACCGACAAGAACAUGUAUCAAACAUGGAGACAAAAACCAUCACCACGCAAGCAAGAGAAGUGGAACAGUGAUACUAGGGAAGCAACCAGUGGCGGUGAUUUGAUGCUCAGAGAACUGAGACAUCCCAAUGGGGACCCUAAAGUAUUAGCAGCUCAGUCAAUGAAAGAAUACAUAAAGUUGAAAAACAAACUGCAGCUGCUCACCUUAGGCAUUGGUGGUUUCGGUGUCAUCUCAACAUAUGUUUCAUAUUCUCCCGAAGUUGCAGCAAGUUAUGGCGUCGGCUUGCUUGGGUCAUUGGCAUAUUUGCGCAUGCUUGGGAACAGUGUGGAUUCCAUACAAACUCAAGGAGCCUCGGGGCUCGUAAAAGGAGGUGUAGGGCAGCCAAGACUAUUGAUUCCUGUUGUUUUGGUUAUGAUCUAUAACCGGUGGAAUGGGUAAGAUCUUUUGCUUGUUAGCAUCAAAUAACUUUCAUCUGAUAUCUUUCUUCUCGUUUUGAUUUGGACACGUUUUUUAUGUAAGAUGAAAAAAUGUCUGACUUUCUAUUUUUUCCCUUGGUGGUGUAGUAAAUUCAAGAUAGAUCUAAGAAAGGUGAAUCAUGCUA